CGCUUUCGAUUCCCCGCCAGCGCGGCUCCGGCUCCGGCGACGCCGCACCGACCGCGGGAGUGCAUGGCGGGCGCGGGGGCCCCGCACCGCCCCCCGGGGGCCCCGGGCGCCGCCGAGGCGGAGGACGCGUGCGGCUGGCGCUGCCCCGAGCACAGCGACCGCGUGGCCGAGCUCUUCUGCCGCCGCUGCGGGCGCUGCGUGUGCGCGCUCUGCCCGCUGCUGGGCGCGCACCGCGGCCACCCGGUGGGUCUGGCCCGCGAGGAGGCGGCGCGCGUGCAGAAGCUCACGCAACACUACUUAAGGCAGCUGGCAACCAAGAAGCAGCAGCAAGUUGGCAACAGGAACCAGAUAGAAGAUGCUGCUGAGAAGCUCCAGGCUCAUGCAGAGUCAAGUAAAAUCUGGCUGGCAGGGAAAUUCACUGAACUCCGAUUGCUACUUGAUGAAGAGGAAGCCCUGGCCAAGAAAUUCAUCGAUAAGAAUACCCAGCUUACCCUCCAGGCCUACCGGGAGCAAAUCAAGUCGUGUGAGGACCAAAUUGAUGUCUUGAACCGUCUCUCCGACAGAGUUUGCAGUAUCAGCCAGGAGUCCGACCCUGUCCAGCUGCUGCAGGAGUUCACGGCCACGGAGCGGGAGCUGAAGAAGCAGAUGAGCGUGGGGGAGCUGUGCCACCCCGUGCCCCAGUCCUUCGCGCCCAUCAAGACCUUCUUCAAGGGCCUUGUGGAAGCCAUGCAGAGCAUGAUACAGACGCCACUAGAGGUUCGCGUGAAGGACAACAUGAACUGCCAGCUCUCCAGCUUCUCGAGCACCAAGCCGGAGUCCCUGUUGAAAAUCAGUCCCUCACCAGAGCGAUCGCUCUUCUUGAAAUACGCGCGCACGCCCACGCUGGACCCGGACACGAUGCACGCGCGCCUGCGCCUCUCCGAGGACCGCCGGACGGUGCGCCUCGUCCUGCUCUGCCGCCUGGGACCUUCGCCCGCGCUGCGCUUCGACACGCUGAGGCAGGUGCUGGGCAGCGACUGCUUCGCGGCCGGCCGCCACUACUGGGAGGUGGACGUGCAGGAGGCGGGCUGCGGCUGGUGGGUGGGCGCCGCCUACGCCUCCCUGCGGCGCCGGGGCGACUCGGCCGCCGCGCGCCUGGGCUGCAACCGCCAGUCCUGGUGCGUCAAGCGCUACGACCUGGAGUACUGGGCCUUCCACGACAGCCAGCGCUGCCGCCUGUGGCCCCGCGACGACCCCGACCGGCUGGGCGUCUUCCUGGACUACGAGGCCGGCGUCCUCGCCUUCUACAACGUGUCGGACGGCAUGAGCCACCUCCACACCUUCCGCGCCGCGUUCCAGGAGCCGCUCUUCCCAGCCCUGCGGCUCUGGGAAGGGGCCAUCAGCAUCCCCCGGCUGCCCUAGGGGCUCAGAUUGGAGUGGACUGCCCUUAGGCUUUCCGGGACUCUGGUUACACCCGACCCAGACGUGAGUUGUCCACUGCCUGCUCUCCAAGUACACCCGUGGUCUCCCCCGCCAGCGUGCACUUUGAACAGGUCCUGUCCUAGGCUGGAUUCAGACGUGCCUUAAGCAUAGGUCCCCUGCUGCUGCUGCUGCUGCUCCUCCUGCUCUCAGCAGACCUCCCCACCACUUACCCUACACUGCCUUUAGGCCGGGUUCCUGAAAGGACACACUUGCAGGUGAGCUCUGGGCAUCCUUACCAAUCACAAUACACUAGCCUCAAACCUCCACCUCAUACAGAAGCCGGAACUGCCUGGCACAUAGUAGGUGCACAAUAAAUGCGCGAAUGCAGGAGAGUCGCCCA